CCUCCUCCUCCGAGGCAUCGGGAAGGGAACGGCAAAGCAGAUAAGGGAAGCCGGCAAGCCACACAGCCGCAGGCGCCGACCAAAACCCUAGGCCAAGCAGCUCGACAACACAUGGCGGCCACCACCACCGCCCCCGCGGCCGCGGCGCUGGCGUCGCCGACGCCGUGCCGGCCCGUCGCUCGCUCGACGGCGACGCGGUGGACGCCGCUCCGCUGCUCGCCGCCGGCCCUGGGCCUCCGGCGAGGGCCCGCGCCUCCUCGACGAGGUGCCACGCUCGUGGUUGAAGCGAAGAAGCAAACAUUUUCUUCAUUUGAUGAGUUACUAGAGAAGUCCGAGAAGCCUUUAUUAGUUGACUUCUAUGCAACUUGGUGUGGUCCAUGCCAAUACAUGGUUCCCAUACUUCAAGAAGUAAGUGAAAAGUUAAGUGACAAGAUUCAAGUUGUGAAAAUUGACACUGAGAAGUACGCAAGCAUUGCAAAUCGUUACAAAAUCGAAGCAUUACCAACUUUCAUCAUCUUCAAAAAUGGGAAACCUUGCUAUCGCGUUGAGGGAGCAUUGCCUGCCAACCAGCUGGUCAAACAGAUCGAGAGUGCUUUGGCGGUCACAAAGUAGCACAUAUGCAUGUUGGACGAUGAAAUGUUCUUCUUUCCCCACUGUAUUGCUCCCUUACGGCGCGAGCGAUUGUGGAUUCCAUCAUCUAUCUACCUUAGAAUAUCUGCUUGAGUAGCGAAUAAGUAAGUGACAAAAGUAUCCCUUUAAGAUUACCUUUUUUUACCCCUUUGUGGAACCUUUAAAAUUAUCUGAAUUUUCUGGAGUAAAUAUGAGUAGUAGUGGUGCUUUGUUUGCCCUUGGAGGAUAUUUUGUUGUGAGAAAUCAUGCAGAUGAGAGUUAUUAAAUCCAAACUUGGGUUUAGUCAGCAAAUUUAUUGGAUGUUUCUUUGCUUCAUGGAAAAGCUGUGUUCUUGUGUAAAAGCAACGCAAUUGGCCAAGGAUACACUUCGAAGUGGUGCUGCUGGAUAUGUCUAGAACUAUUUUAUGUGAUCUUGCAAUUUUGGGUGUAUGUUAUUGGUCUUUGUAUGGUUGUUGCUUAUGCAUGUCUCACACUCUCACCACCAGCUGAGUACUGUGAAGGAUCUGUAUGUUUAUCUCGAGUACCCUGCAAUACUGUAGUUAUGUAUAUGGCUUCAUGCAUGUGCUAAUGGUUCGUGCUAAGUUUCGAGGGUUACUCGUGUCGUCUUGGUUUGUUGAGACCUACUGUAAUUUGCCGUAUUUGUGCACUGUUAUCCCCUUUUUUUUGACAAAAUAUAUUAUCACAAAUUCAUUAUUAUGAAGAAA